UAUUUUCUGUAAUCUGUGAUUAUUCGAUGUCCAAAACAAACUUGUACCUAAGUUACAUUUUGUAAACUUUAAUUUUUUUUGUUACAACCUUUGAUGUACAGUAAAUAAUCAAUUAUUAUGCCUAAGCCGAUUUGUGUUCAAUGCAGUACCAAUGAUUCUUUAUUAUGGCGUAGCGCAGAAAAUGGUCAGAUAUGCAACGAAUGCCAUUUAGGUAAUGCAGCUAGUAAAGAAAUGGAACUAACAACAAAUAUAAAAACAGAGGUCGAUGAUAAAAAAGAUGACAAGGAAGAUAUGGAGAGCCGGAAUGGUAAGAGUGAUGGGGAUUCUACGCCAGCAAAAGCAACUGGAAAAGGUACACGGAAAAGUACUCGUGCUACUAGAUACAAAGCAAAAACUCCUGCUCCAACACCUGCAAAACCCUCUGCACCGCGAGGCCGAGGGCGCAGAAGUAUUUUUAAGAGACAGCCUCUAAAAGCACCUACUGCAACAGCUACUGUUGUUACAAGUGAUUCUAUUUUUUAUAAGGGAUCAUACAUGCAAGUGGGAGAUAUAGUGUCCAUGCUUGAUGUAAUGGGUGGGACAUAUUAUGCUCAAAUCAGAGGAUUUCUUACAGAUCAGUAUUGUGAAAAGAGUGCUGUUGUAACCUGGCUUUUGCCAACUAAAGCAAGUCCACCCCCUGAAAAAGGAUUUGAUCCAGCUACGUAUAUUAUAGGCCCAGAAGAAGAUUUGCCCCGUAAGUUGGACUACAUGGAGUUUGUAAUGCAUGCACCAUCUGACUAUUACAAAGCCAGCAAUACUCCAUACCCAUUAACAGAAAAUGAAUUAAAUAACUAUUCAGGAUUUAUAUGGACAACAUUAGAACCUAAAGAAAAAACUUAAGUUUAAUAUAAAUAAAUUAAUAACUUAUGUAAGUGAAAGUAAAUGCAUAAAACAUA